UUAGCGCGUAACGACGAACCCUCACGUAAGUAGCCUAACUACAGUGCAAAUCAGUACUGGUACAUGAAACACCAAAGGUUCAGGCUGCGGAUACAUGGCUUUAGUGCUGCUGACUGCUCUGAAACACACAGGCUAUGCGUUCGCUCGUGUGAGAAGCGCGCAUCUCUCCAGACGCGCACAGAAGCUCCGCGCUGGAUCUUUCCUGCAAUGAUACAUUCUGUCUCUGAAAACUGAGAAAGCAACAUACGGUUGACAUCGGGAAUGGAGGGCACAGGCAGUGGCUGGGCAGCUGAGCUCACCCCCCCAUGUGGGAUGCCUGAUGUGAAUGGGAACAACACCGGUCAGGUCUUUGAGGUGCCGCUGCAGAAUGUCUCCACCAAGCGCAGCCCUCAGUUUGUGGGUGUGGAGCUGCUACAGUCCUUCAAGCUGCUCAUCAUCCCCUGCUACACCGUGGUGGCUCUCGUGGGUGUCUUUGGCAACUACCUGCUCCUCUACGUCAUUUGCCGCACCCGCAAGAUGCACAACGUCACUAACUUUUUCAUUGGAAACCUGGCCUUCUCUGACAUGUUGAUGUGUGCUACAUGUGUCCCCUUCACGCUGGCCUAUGCCUUCAACCCACACGGCUGGGUCUUUGGCCGCUUCAUGUGCUACCUGGUAUACCUCAUCCAGCCUGUUACAGUGUACGUGUCAGUCUUCACGCUCACCGCCAUCGGUGUGGACAGAUACUAUGCAACUGUGCACCCUCUGAAAAAGCGCAUUUCGGUCUUGGCGUGUACCUACCUUCUGACUGGGAUCUGGCUGUUGUCCUGUUGUCUGGUGGCUCCGGCUGUGGCUCACACCUACCAUGUGGAAUUUAAGAAUGAAGGCUUCACCAUCUGCGAGGAGUUCUGGAUGGGCCAGGAGAGAGAGCGGCUGGCUUACGCAUACAGCACUCUCUUCAUCACCUACGUCCUGCCUCUGUCGGCGCUCUGCAUCUCUUACCUGUGCAUCUCUGUCAAACUGCGGAACUGUGUGGUACCUGGCUACCACACCCAGAGCCAGGCAGAGGCUCAGCGCAUGCGUAAGCGCAAAACCUUCCGCCUGGUGAGCCUGGUAGUUGCAGCAUUUGGUGUGUGCUGGAUGCCCAUUAGCGUGUUCAAUGUUCUGCGUGAUGUUGACAUCGAUCUGAUUGAUAAGCGGUAUUUUUUGCUCAUUCAGCUGCUGUGUCACCUGUGUGCAAUGAGCUCAUCCUGCUGUAACCCUUUCCUCUAUGCCUGGCUGCAUGACCGUUUCCGUGCUGAGCUCCGCAAAAUGUUUACAUGCCACCGGCGCAUCGGCAUCUCGGGUAACAACUGCGCUACAGCCAGCGUGGUUUUGUGAAGCUUCUGUGCUUUAGGCUAUUACUGGUUAGUCUUUGCUUCUCUGGCCAGUAGAAUAUACUCAUCUCCUUCUGGUAACAUAGCAGCCUAGUGCAGAAUUAAUUAGGCGUAUAUGCUGGAGGUAGAUGCCAAACGUUCAAACUCCGAUGUCUCUUAAAGGGGAUAUGAGGUUACAGAAUGACUGGAUAAUUGCAUGUUCCGCCCAAAACACACACCUGCUUUAAAGAGUAGACCAAACACCGCCCUUUUGCUACUUGAACUGUUUUUCCUAGUCCUCAAACUAUCAAAAUGAACAUGGACACACCCAAACACUACUUGUGGUGGAUCCUCAAAAUAGGGCCCUUGAGCUUCAAAACCGCUCGAAAACCAAUGGGUGACAUCAUGGUGGGUUUGUCCAGCUUUUAUAUACAGUCAGUGGGCUUAACUUGUAUUAGGUGGCCUUAGUUUUUCUCAGUCGCUUUUGUACAUUUCUCAGACAAGAAAUGAACUUUUCUAAACUACUUGUUCAACCUCUACACCACCCAGUCACUUGUGCACAUCAUUCAAACAUGUUCACAUUGUUUUUAACAAAUCAUAAAUGCUUUGGCACAUACAUGCAGCUGAUUAGGUACAACUGUUUGUUUUCCACAUUAUCAGUUGCUUAUGUCAUGUUGAUCAAAAUGUAUUAUAUAGCCUGACCUCCUAAAUCAUUAGUUCAUUUAAGAUGUCAUUACAUGCACAGUGGGUGAACUAGUUAUCUUUAGUAUCUAACACACAUUUCUAUACAGCUCUAUUAGACUUUUUUACUAAUCUUUCCUGAACUGUUGUGUGAAGCUCAGUGAGAUCAACCAAUGAUCAGCCAGUUCUCUACUGUAAAAUAGCUCAGAAGUGCAAAUCAUGAGCCUUCAGUUGGCAACCACAUAUAUAAACAAAGUGCAACUCAGUGGUACAGUUUCUGACAAUGGAAGAACAAGGAAAGGAACAGUAUCAACUGCAGGGUAGAAGAAGAAGAGGGCUGCAUGGUUGAAGGAGUAGAAAAGGCCACAUACAGUCAGCACAUUGUUAUUCAUGGCUUUAGAAAGGCUGAGACUGGUUGAAGGAAGCCAAAUGUUGGGAGAACAACUGUUCUGUCUAGGUGGUGUUUCCUCUGUUUACAUUUCUAAUGUACUUGUUUCCUUUGUGCUACGCAUUGUUGUAAAACACUUUAUUUUCUGCAUCACACUGACAUUACUGUAAAAGCAGUAAAGGUGUCAAUGUAAAUACCCGCCAGUCUUUUGAAAGACAUACACUCACUGGCCACUUUAUUAGGUACACCUGUACAAUUGUAUGCAAUUCA